AAGCCUCUGUCCAUUUUUUCUACUGUCUAAAAUAUAUUAACUACCAGUCCGCUCCCCGCUCUGAGUUUAAACGCAGGAAAUUACGUCACUAGCAAACAACACAGAUCAGGCAAGUAGUGUCCCCAGAGCUACAUAGCUGCAGAGCCCAUUUAGGCAUUCUCUGGUACCUCUUUUGCUGUAUAUGGUUAGUACCAGUUAGUUCUCACUACUAUACAUGAUUCCAGCAUGGAAACUGCAGCUAAAGGGAAAGCGAAGCGAAGACAUUUAAAUGCUUCUGAUUGUGCGGAUUUGGGCAAAGAGGGGACUCAUCCUCUCACCGGACCCCAGAUGGUCCCACGGAGUAGAGACCCCAACCGUGGACUAGUCCCCAGGACCCCCACCAAAAGAGAAAUACAAGUGGGGUUACAUUUUCAUACCGUUACGUACCUAGUGGAGGUCAAGCAGGAGGUGACUGUGGAGGAGGACUCGACCCCAGUCAAACUGAGGAAGGCCAUCGAGCAAGAUGAUAUCGAUUACAUGGAGGGCAUCACGGAGGACAUGUUUGGAGACGAUGACGACUUUGAGCGGGAGGGCCUCACCCCCUCAAAGACAAACUCUGAGCACCGAGGGGCUGGCUGCAGCAGUUGGGAGCGUCAGCCAUGUCUUACAUCCCCCUCCUUGGCCCCCACCGGCCAGCGCUCAGCCUCGCGGAGGCUCCAACUGACGGCUGAAGAAGACGAGGCCUGUGAGGGAGACUCGGCCGAGCCGCUCCCAGACUCCUGCUUCGGACUGCUAGGGGUGCGGGAGGGCCUUCUGGUGCCCCAAGGGCGACUCCAACAUCUGCCCGAGGAGGUGCUGAGGCAGGUCUUCGGCUUGCUGCCCGCCGUCGACCUCUACAGCGCUGUCCAGUACGUCUGCAGGUCAUGGAGAGACAUCGUCGCCGACCCAAAGUUUGUUCCAUGGAAGAAGCUGUACUUCCGCUAUCAGAGGUCUGAGCCAACGGCAGUCAAGGAGCUGCACGCCAUCUUGAGUGAAAACCACCUCAUCAAAGACGAACUCAGCUUCGUUAACAUGUGCAGGUACAUGACUGGCUACAAGCACAGUACACGCGUGAACUUGGAGUGUGUGUUGCGCAGUGUAAGCACACACCGUCUCUACCCACAAGCACUUGCCUGCAUCACAUACCUCAAGUCCGCUCAGCCGCCCUCCAAACUGGAGUGUGUCAUGAGCGCAAUCCCAAGCAUCAAUGGCGGGGCGAAUCCGUGGUGUGUGAUGGCUGUGAUGCUGCUGCUGGCAGACGGAGUCGGGGACGUCUUGCAGCUUGUGCGUCUGCUGCUGCGCACCGACUGCCUGCUAUCACCAGAGGGCGCCAGCGAGUACCUGUGGGCUGUUGCCACUCUGCUGAUCGCCAUGAAGGACAAGGGAGAGUACACCUGUGGCAGGUUGCACUAUAAUAUCUACUAUGUGCUGCAGAUGUUGGAGAACAUUCCAAUUCCUCUUAACUCCAAUGAUUCACCAGGGAUAUCAAAUAUGCGGGUGACCCAUGAGCAGCAGAUCAUAAUCAACCAUGACAUCCAGCCAAACCAUGUGGUCAAAAUCAUGGCCUUUGCAGGCACUGGAAAGACGACUACUCUCGUGGAGUAUGCACGCAUGCGACCUCACCUGCAGUUCCUCUACGUGGCCUUCAACAAGUCUGUGCAGACGCACGCACAGCUCUGCUUCCCGUCCAACGUCCACUGCAAGACCAUCCACUCCAUGGCCUACAGUGUAGUGGGAAGAAGGUACCAGGACCUGAAGAAGCUCUCUGGUGCCAUCAGGCCCUUCUCAGUGGCGUGGGUCCUACCCAAGGGCUGGGGCGGCUUCGUCUACGCCAAGGUGGUGAGCCAGACCAUCAACAAGUUCUGCGCCUCGCGGGACGAGCGCGUCACGAGCAGCCAUGUGCCCACCGAGUACAAGAACCAGCGCGGCGUCGUGGAGCGCCCUGACGCAGAGAAGAGAGAAAAGUUUGUAAGCUUAGCGCAGGACAUCUGGACGAAGAUGACCGAACUGAAACCCACCAGAGAGAUGGCACAUCACAUAACCCAUGACGGUUACUUGAAGUUGUGGCAGCUGCAGAAGCCUGUCCUUGAUAGGUAUGAUGUCAUUUUCAUUGACGAGGCCCAAGACUGUACUCCAGCCAUCAUGGACAUCGUUCUGUCCCAGUCGUGUGCGAAGAUCCUUGUGGGUGACCCUCACCAGCAGAUCUAUACCUUCAGAGGAGCAGUCAACGCUCUCCACUCAGUCCCCCACACACACGUCUACUACCUCACACAGAGUUUCAGAUUUGGACCUGAGAUUGCCUUUGUCGGAGCCUCCAUACUUAGCGUGUGCAAAGGGGUGAAACAGACCCUGGUGGGAACACUUCAGAAAGGGAAUGUGUGUGGCACUGGUGAGGCUGAGGGUAAAGUGGCCAUCCUUUCCCGCUGUAAUGAGUCCGUCUUCAGUGAAGCCGUCAAACUCAUGGAUGCCAACCCACUGUGCAAGAUACACUUUAUAGGGGGGGUUGAUAACUUUGGUCUCAAGAAGAUUCUGGAUAUCUGGGUGCUGAUGCAGCCAAAUGAUAAGCGCAAGAAAGAGAAUCUGUCCAUUGGGGACGCGUUUAUCCGCGGUUUCUCUAAGGAGCAUCUGGGAGGCUAUGGGGGUCUGAGGCGCUACGCCACACAGACUGAGGACCGCGAACUGGAGGGCAAGCUCAACGUGGUAGAGCGCUACCACACCCGCAUGCCCGACCUCAUCAAGCGCAUCUACAGCUGCUCGGAGAGCAGGCGCGAGCAUGCAGAUUAUAUUUUGGGGACGGUACAUAAGGCCAAAGGAUUGGAGUUCGAAUCUGUAAUGGUGACCGACGACUUCGCGAAGAUACAGAACGCAAGACCCGAACCUAGGUGGUUCCUAGGAGCUCCCUGUGAUGAGUGGAACCUGAUGUAUGUGGCAGUAACCCGGGCCAAGAAGAAUCUGACCAUCUCCCCCACCAUCUGUAACAUCCUCACCAUGGUUGGGGAGUACUUCCUGAGGUCCGAGUUGACCAGUGUGCUUCAGCAGCAAAGUCCCUCCCUCUCAUGCUGCAUCAGAAACUGCCCAAACCUGCUCGACACACAGUGCCCCCUCGCCAUGCGGAAACUGCCUGUCAAAUACUUGAGUCAUGCGGUCAUGCAGGGGCCGGUGUGUGUCCAGUGUGUGCAGAAGCGGCUGGGCCCCAUGGCCUUCCUGUUUGAGCACCAGGAGCGUCUGUGGCAGCUGGAGAACAUGCCAGCUGUGGAGGAGCAGCAGCGCGUACCGGUUAACGUGGACAUGCUGGUGGCCCUCCUCUAGACAGACACACACACACACACACACACACACACACACACACACACUGUUAUAUACUUACACACACACACACACACACACACACACACACACACUGUUAUACACUGUUAUACACUUACACAACAUUACACAUACAUACACACACACACACACACACACUGUUAUACACUUUCACAACUUUACACACACACACACACUCUGACACAGAUGCAUGCAUCCUUACACACACACACACACAUAUGGAGAUGAACAAGCAUAAACACAGAUAUGUUUCAAUUUAGUGUAUUUGUACACCUGUGAAACAGUUUUCUUACUUGUGUGUUGUUUGUUUUUAAAUUGUUAUUAUUUAUAAACCUGUGAAAGGUUAUGUUUGUUCAUCUAAAGCAAACAAUCCUCCCAACUUUGUCUUGUAUCAUGAUGAUCAUUUUUGCACUGUGCCUUUUGUAUAGAAGUCUGUAUUUUUGUCAGAUUUUAUUUUCUAUUUUUAAGACAAUUGUAAAAGCAUGCAAAAAAAUAACAUCAAUGUUAUUAAUAUUGCUUUGAGUUUGAUGUAUAUUGUAUAGGUUAUUUUAUAUUUUUGUGUGUAAAUAGACAGACUGAUGUUGGCUCCGGUUGGGUAAUAAUCUGUUUGAAACACUGAAGUCCUAUUGUUAAUACGUUAGGAGCUCAAAACUCAUGCCCCACGCAAACUCACUCAUACAGUACGUGUGAACUGGGGCCAUCGCACUUUAAAAUAAAACAACUGGAAACUGCUAAAA